UAUCAUUCUAUCUACGCCUUAUUCAAUAUUUUAUAUCUAAUUAGAUUGAUUUGUAUUACCAUUAGCCAGUUUAUGCUUCUUUCUCACAUUACUAACAUACAAUGAGUUACCCUUCUCCUUUUCAUAGAAUUAUAUUAAAUAAUAAAGGACUCUUUGAAGGAAAAGACUUUCUCGUGUCAACUGAUACCAUUAAUUGGAUUCAUACUUAUACUUUAACCAUCACUGAACAUGGUCAACUAUACUCUUCAGAUGAAAAUGACAAUCAUUACCUUUUAUUACAAUCCUUACAAUCAUGUUACGUACAAAUAUUCCCCACAUUAACCACAAAUACUGCCGCUUUAGGUCCAACAUCAUCAUCUUCAACUUCAAUCUCAAGUUCAUCAACGAGGCGAUUCAUAGCAUCUAAACGUUCCAUGCCAUCUAUAGAUACAUCAUCAUCUUCAUCCACCCUUGCUAAUGAGUCUCAUGAUCCUCCUGUCAUCUUUAUAAAAACAUAUGAAAAUGAUAAAUUAUAUUUGAAAGUUGCAUCCAAAUCAAAUUUUGGUAAUUUAAUAAGUUCUCUUAUAGUCUGGCAAUCAUUAAAACCUCAAGGAUUAGUUAAAAAAUGGUAUUCUGAAAAUAAAGUAGAUAAUUCAACUAUAAAUCUGAAAAAUCCUCAUGAAUUAUUAGUAUGUAGAUUCAAAAUUUAUGCUCCUGUUCCAUCUAAAGCUAAAAAUUUAAAUUUUGUUACUGGUCCAAGAGCUCCAGUAUAUCAAGCUUUUAAUGAUGUUCAUGUUAAUAGUGAUUCAAAUCCUAAUAAUAUCAAUGAAUCAUGGUUUUAUGUCAUGGGGGUACUUAAAUCAAAUGGGAUGUUAAAUUUCAUUACUGAAUUAGAUGGUACUUUAUUAUAUUCUAUCGAUAUAAAAUCAAUUAUGUCAUCUGAAAUAAGACAAAUGCAUCAUUCAAUCUUUGAUAAUUCAAAUGUAUUAUUCUUAGGACAAUUAAAAGAGUUAAGAAGUCAAAAUAUAUCAUCUACUUCAUCAUUUUUAAUAAGAGAUGGAAAAUUAAUACCUAAUAAUUAUAGAAUCUUUAUUGAAUUUCCUUUACAUAUCGAUUUAGAAGAUUGGUUUGUAGGAUUGAAUUAUUUUGCUAAACGUGAGUACAUUGGCAGUUAUAGUCCAAAACUGAAAUUAUUAAUUUCAGCAUCACCAUCAUCAACCACACCACCACCAUUAUUAAAUUUUAGUCGAGAACAUUUUCGAGUUUCCAAGAAGAUUUCAAUUGAUAUUAUUGAAGCUAAAUUCGAUCAAGUAAAUUCCAGUAAUAAUAAUCAUAAUAAAAUCUAUGCUGAAGUUAGAAUGUGGGGAUUACCAUGGUCAAGAACUGCUAUGGUUAAACAUUCACUUAAUCCAUUUUGGAAAGAAGAAUUUUCAACUGAUUUACCAAUUCUGACUCAAAUGAUUCAUAUCUUAAUUAAAAAAUGUGCAUUCAAUGAUUCAAAUUAUCUGACAGGUGAUAAAAUCAUUGGAACAGUUUAUGUCACUCCUGAUAUUUUAGCCAAACAAAAUAUUAAUAAUAGUAGUAAUAAUAAUAGUAAUCAAACUUCAACCAUAAUGAUUGGAUCAAAUAGUAUCCCUAAUAAUUUAUCAUCCAGUACUUCAAAUAAUAAUUUAGCUAAGGGUAGUGAUAUUGUAAGGCUUUCAAUUUAUGAUUCUACCAACGUCCCUAUUGGGAAAUUGUUAAUCAAUGUUCAAUUAAAAGAACAUCAUAUUUUACCUCCUCGUUAUUUCAAAAGUCUUGAACAUAUGUUGAUUCAUUCACCCAUGAAGGAUUUAAUUAAAUUCAUUAAUGAUACUUUAUCUCCAAAUGAAUUCGAUGAAACUAGUGUUAUGUUACUUGAUAUUUUCCAAACUUUAGGAGUUGAAGAAAAAUGGUUUAAAUCAUUGAUGGAGUAUGAAUUGACAGGAGUGGAUGUUAUAACCAGAAAGAAUUAUGCCAAGACAAAUAGUGAAGCACAAGCAUCACCUGCCAUACCCGCUAGCACUGGUGCAGCAACUACUGGUACUGGAGGAGGUAAUACCAGUUCACUGAAUAAUGUCUUUAAUACAUUAUUCAGAGGAUCAAGUAUCUUUUCUAAAUCACUUGAAAAAUAUAAUUUAAGAAUUGGUCAAGAGUAUUUAGAGAAAGUAUUUGGGAAUUUUAUACUUAAGAUUGUUGAUGAAAAAAAGAAUUGUGAAGUUGAUCCUCGAUAUGUUCGAAUUCAAGAACGAUUAUUAAGAAAGGGUAAACCUAUAGAUUAUAAAGAUGAUGAAGAUAAUGACUCUGAUAAAUCUUCUAAUGAUGAUUCUGAAGAAGAAGAUGAAAGUUAUGAUGAAGAUGCAAGUGAACAAGUGAUUAAAGUUAUGCUUGAAAAUAAUUUUAAUAAUUUAUAUCAAUAUGCUGAAGAAUUAUGGCAUAAUAUUUAUAUUACAUCUAAUGAUUUACCUGAUCAAAUCAAGACUCAAUUAAAGAAUUUUAGAAAUAAAGUUGAAUUAGCUUGUGAUCCUGAUGAUAAAACUACCCCAUUGAAUUGUUUAAGUGCAUUUAUAUUUUUAAGAUUCUUUUGUCCUGCCAUUUUAAAUCCAAAAUUAUUUUAUUUAACCAAACAUCAUCAAUCAGGAUUAUCGCAAAGAACAUUAACUUUAUUAGCAAAGAUUUUAUUAAAUUUAGCUAAUAGACAAGAAUUUUCUCCUCAUAAGGAACCUCAUCUUGUGAAAAUGAAUGCAUUUUUAAUAAGACAUCAACAAGAAGUGUUUGAUUAUUUUGAUAGAAUCACUGGAAGAAGAAAUGAUUUUAAUGAAAAGAUUCUUGAAUUAAGUCAUGAAGUCAAUAGAUUUGAUUUAGGAUUAAAGAAUGAUUCAACUUCAAAUGAAUUACCAACUACUCCAUAUUUGAUUGAUAAAUAUUUAAGAUUAACUCAAGUUAUAACUUUAUUGGAUUAUAAUAGAAUCAAACUGACCACAGUUGAAAGUCCCAAAUUAGGUAAUGGAACAGGCAACACACCUAUACCAACACCCACCACAACCACCAAGGCUGUGACGGCCACUCCAUAUAAUGGAAGAGAUUCUAUAUCUACAUCCACGAUUAAUCGAGAAAGUUCGACCUUAAUUAAUAAUGGAGUUGAUAAUUUACUGAUUAAUGAUGAAAAGAAUGUUUAUCAAAUUGGAUCAUUAGAAUUUGAGAAAUCUGAAUUUUUAGAUUUAGCCGGUGAUAAUGAAACUGAAGGAUUUAUAAAAUCAUUAUGUAGAGAUAAUGAUAAUAUUUUUUCAUUUAUAAAUUCUAAUAUUGGAUUAAAAGAUUUACAAAAGCAAUGUACUAAAUUAAUGACUAAAAUCGAUGAAUUAGAAGUUUAUUUAGAGAAUUUUGAAUUUCCAGCUAAUUAUUUACCUAAUAAUCAACCAUCAGAAGAUAAUGAAGAUGAUGAUAUUGAUAAUGAUAAUGAUGAACUUGAAACAUCAAGUCAAGUCAAUAAUAAUUCAAUUGAACUUUUAUGGAGUUCAUUUACUUAUAAUAUCCUUAGUAAAUGUUAUGUUGAUAUGACUACUAAUAGUUUAGUAUAUGUUGAAAAGGAGAAUCCAGUUCCAAAUAUUUAUAAGAAGUUGAUUGAACAAAAUCCAUUAUCAACUUUAAAGUUAAAAUUUAAUGAUAGUAAUGGAUCAUUAAUAUCAUCACCAAUUCAUGCCGGAAGUAGAGUAUCAUCACUGUCAUUUACAAAUAGUAAUAUUGGGAAUAUUCUCAAGCCAGCUAGUAAAAAUCCAUUUAAGAAAUGGUUAGGAAAGAGUUAAAUAGUUAGAAAUAGAAGAUUUAGUUUUGUAAUAUUAAUAUAUAGAAUGUGAAAAAUAAGAGUCACGCGAGCGUUAGCACGUGCCGGAUAGGGGUAACAUCUUUUUCUGAGAUGGGGACCCAACUGAUUCACACACAUAAGAGACAGAGUUACCCCUAUUCUUGAAUGAAAGACAUGUUGUAGUUACUUCUGCUGUUGUUGUUAUUGUUAUGAUUAUCUACUAGCUCAAUUCAGAUAUCACACAUGGUCUAUUUCAUAACUUUCAUUUUCAUGAUAUAGAAAACAGCUUCGCCCAUGGGUUGUUUCCAUUCCAGAUUUAUUUUUCGGACGACUACUGAUUGAGGGCUACCAUCCAUUCUUGAUAGAUAAAGUUAAUCGGGAAACUAUCAGACAGACAAAAGAGACAAAAAAAAG